AUGUAUUCUGGCUGUGGAGUUGGAGUGGCCAGCAUUCAGAGCCAGUAUCAGGUCAGGGACUCUGUCAGACCAUACACCGGACCUGGAGGGAAUGCACAGGUCCCAAUGGAAACCGGUGUGACCCCAGCUAGGUGCCCAGUAUAUCAGGUUCAGCCUUACAGUGGGCAGCCCUCCUGCACUGUGAACAGUGUUUCCAACACACAGCCCACGCCGCUGCCUACACCUCUAACUCCACCUCCCACCGCACUCAAACCGAGCCAGGGUGGGUUCAAGAAGGUGUGUCGCACAGAGGAGGACAGCCCGUGCCCUUUCCCAGGACUGGCCUCAGGAGUGCUGGAGAUGCGUGUUAAGGAGGGUAGUAAGAUCCGUAACCUCAUGGGUUUUGCCAUGGCUCGCAUGCAGGGGGAUGUCAGUGGUGGUGGGGAUAGUGGAGGCGGUGGCCUGAGGCAGGUCAUUUUCUCUGGGUCAGGUCGUGCCGUCACCAAGACCAUCACAUGCGCUGAGAUCAUGAAGAGAAAAGUGGGGUGUCUGCACCAGCUGACCAAGCUGCGCUACAAGGGCGUGAGGGAGGUGUGGGAGAGCCACGAAGGGGGGACAUCGGAGAUGACCGUUCACAGGACCGUCCCUUCCAUCAGCAUCCUUUUGUCCAAAGACCCCCUGGACCCCCAGGAGCCCGGCUACCAGCCCCCUGAGACCCUCUGUGCUCUCUGGGAGGAGAGAGAAGGUGUGGAUUCCCCACAGAUAGCCAGCAAGAGACCUCUUGGUCUGUCCCCACACAGCAGUUUCCCUGACUCUAAGAGAGCGUGUCUGGGUCUGGACGAGGGGACUCUGGCUCUUUCCACCCCACUGGCUAACUGA